UUUAUAUCCGCCUCCUAAGGGCCACCCCCUGCCAGCCGAGGUCCUCCAGGCCAGCUACUAAAGACAGAGGGAUCGACAAAGCAAGAGAGUGCCACCUUCCCGCCCAGCGCACAGCCAGGAUUCCAACAUGACAGAGAACUCAGAGCACCUAAAGGACGCAAUGCCCAUAGAGAGGAAGUCCACGUGGAGGACGGCCGAGGACAGGCGGAUGUCCGACCUCACUCGGGUGCUGGAGUGGCUCAAGCGGAGGCAGGGGAAGAAAAAGCAGCAGAAACCCAAGGGGAUAAUGACCCCUGAAACAAAUGGGAAGGAGGGAAAGAAAACCCAAAGCACCCUGAAACAGCAGAAAGGAAACCGCCAGGUGGCAUUUACCAACCAGUCCUUGGGACAAAGUGCCAAGAAGGACAGGGACCCUGCCGCGCAUGGAAAGCUCAACCACGGGGACCCAAAGGGAAGACGCCUCAGCAUGGUUCCCGGUAGCUACACCAGGGAUGGCCCCAGGAAAUCCGAGCUCGACAUCAACGAUGCCAUCGCCCUGGAGUCCACCCAGCGGCCCCUGACCUACCGCCGCCAAAGCUCCCUGGACCCCAUGUUGCAGGAGCCGCCCGUCUUCGGCGGUCGGAAGUCCACCCUCCUGAGAGACUGGGUGACCAGCAGGAUGCCCGAGGUCUCCUACGAGCGCAAGCUGAAGAGCCUCAUGGAGAAGGGCGCCGAGCCCAAGGUGGACCUGGUGAGGACGCUGAAGCCCGAGGAGGUGCUGAGCUGCCGAUACCUGAGGCUGUCCAAGAACAACAUUCGCACCUUGCUCAAGCUGUGCAAAGACGCAGGCCUGAACGUGGACAUCCACCCCCACAUGGUUGAAGGAGAGAUAGAUGCUAAAAAGGUGUUCGCCUCAAACCCCAGCGUGGCCCUCUAGGUCACCUCAGGCUCCCUCUGCCGUGGGGACCUCGGCCCCCAGACAGCAUCCUCUGGUAUGCCACGCCUAGGCCU